AUGGAGCUCCUCCGAGACCUUCGGAACCCGGGCCAUACCAACUGGGAACCGAUGGAAUAUCCCGAGUCGCUGUUGCUAGAGGUCGAGAGCGGCAUUAUGAUUCGCGAAGUUCAGGAAGAGAUUGCGGGAAAGAUGAGGCAGCCGCCGGAGAACAGGAACACAUUGCUCCGAAUGCUUAUUUCCAAGCUCGGGGGGUUAAUAAACCGUCGGAUCUACCACAUGCCAUUUUCCCGUUUGCUUAAACCAGACGCGUCGAAGGCUGCUAAAGUGCUGGAACUAUCGGAAGAAUGUGCGAAAGAGGGCGGCGUUCUUCUCAUGCUGCCAGAACAUAUCCUCUCCUUUCAGCUGAUGGGGAUCGAAUACCAGCUUAAUAACUCCCAGCCUGAAGUCUCCCGGACCCUCCUCGAGACGCAAAGUUACUUCAAUACCUGCUUGCGCGACCUAGUCGAUGAGAGCGAUGAGAAUUUCAGCCGCAUUCUUGAUUUCGUUAAGGAUAACGUGGGUGAGGUGGGACAGGAAUUCCCGAGAUCGAUAGAGAUCACUACCACUAACAGCACCGCGCAAUUCCUGAGAAUACGUCUUCUUGGACAGGGGGCCGAAGAGAGGCUGCUAGAAACCGUGGCCACAACGAUCUGCAACACUGGAUUUCAGGGGUUUCCUAUACAUAGACAACAAACAUGGGUUAGGAACGCCGUACGAACCUACAUUCUCGGCGAGAACUUGACUAGCGAGAACAUAACCAAUGUCGAAGACCGAUCCGGUUUCUCCACACCGUCCACGAAAAGCCAACUGCUCCUCAUCCGAGAUCUAUUCGCAGGCGGAGUGUUGGGAUUUGCCUUUCGACAGAAGAGGUGGAAGGUGAAUUACGGGUUGGACCCUGGCCGGGUUCCUGAGACUAGACUUGCUGUCCCCUACCGCGCCAAGGACCACCCUACGGCAAGAUCCGAAUUCAGCCAUCCGGACGUUGUCGUGCUUCUGACUUAUCUAAGCUACUAUUACGAAGGUCUAUCAAAUGACGACCUCCUCGCUACGUUCGAGCACCUGAUCAAGUCUGGCCAGCCUGAUGCCCAUUACCAAGGCUGGGUGGGUGACGUGCCUGAGCUUCCCCGAUCGUACCACAACCUAGGAGGGGUGUCGAUGAAGGACCACCGGCAGCUGACCGAGGAAAUCUUCCCGCACUUCCGCUGGGCGAAGCGCACCAUCGACUACUUCCUGUCGAACAUCGUCUUCUCAAAGGAGAUGAAGGAGUUCCCCGAGAAGCUGGCCGCCUUGGGCUGGGACCUAGGCCAGGCAAAGGCGCAUCCCACGACCGGGUUCAGCGGAACCUAUGACUCGCGCCAGCUGUUACCCUUGGACAUAACGCACCACGACCUCGACACGCAGCGUCAUACGAACGCCAUGGUCGCCGAGUACUUACUACGAUCAGAGAACUCGGUCGAGCUUACGAAACGCCGGAACGGCGAGGAGCUGCUAGAUCUCCUCGAAGAGAUAGCUUCCUCCUUCCCCUCGGGCCCUGAGCGGAAGCAAGCGGCCAUCUUCUUCGACGACUACGACAACCUCUGUGUCGUCGACCGCCAGGGCCGGACCGAAAAGUUCCAGACCUCGCCCUAUAACGCCCAGCUCGACCGCUGCCUGGUCUUCUUGGACGAAGCCCACACGCGAGGGACCGACUUGAAGCUCCCAUCCGAUUACAGAGCAGCCGUCACUCUCGGUGCCGGGCUGACCAAACACCGUCUCGUACAAGCCUGCAUGCGGAUGCGGAAACUCGAACAUGGCCAAUCGGUUGUCUUCUGCGUGUCCGAGAAGAUUGAAGCGCAGAUCCAAUCUCUGAAAGACGCCGCCGAGGACAGUGGCAACAUCCAGACGCGCGACGUCUUGGCGUGGGCGAUCGACCAGACCUUCGCCGACCUGCGACGUAGCAUCCCGCUGUGGGCCGUACAGGGCCGGCGGUUCGAGCAUCACCGGAAGCUGUGGGAAGCGGCGGUCACGCAAAACGGCGGGAUAGCGCUGUCGCCCGAAGCAGCCAAGCGGUUCCUCGAGGACGAGGCGCUGACACUCGAGCAUAGGUAUAGACCGAAAAAGCGAAAUACGGGACGACACGAAUCGACGAUACGCGGCGACCCGCCGAUAGCAGGGCGACUGGCCGAAAUAGAACGGCGCUGCGUGGCCUUUGGCGCGACGGACCCCAGCUCGUCGCUCCUAGCGGAGGAGCAGGAGCGCGAGCUAUCGCCCGAGAUCGUACAAGAACGACAAAUCGAGCGGCCGGCACAGGUGAGGCUAAAGAAGCACGAGGUAGACCCGGCGCUCGCUAUGCUCGUUAGAGAGGGUACCUUCAAGCGGCAGCCGCCUGACGACGCGCCCCCAUUCCGCGCCGCGUUCGCGGCCUUAGACAAUACAGCCGCGGGACGUGCCUUCGAGUUGUCAUGGUUCCCCAACGAUAAGGGCGAAGAAGUCCUCGUGACCAAGGACUUCGCGCGUACCGUCCGGCUCGACGGGUACGGCGCUUACGCCGACUUGUACCUACGCCCCGUACACCCGCUUAUCAUCAUCAGCCCCUUCGAGGCCCAAGAGCUCAUGGACGAGAUCGCCCGGUCCGAGCACGUCCGCCUGCACCUGUACGCGCCGCUGCCGAGCCCCACGCACCAGGCCCUCGACCACUUGCAGCUGUACGUCGUGCCGCGCGCGGGCGCGGGGUCGGCGGCGUACCAGCCGUCGCAGCGGCAGCGGCAGCUCCUCGGCCUCUUCGCGAGGCAGCUCUACUUCUCAUCGUACGAGGACUACACGGCGAUGUGCGAGCCUCUAGGCUUAUCGACACAACCUCCGUCCUCCAACGGCGGUAGUCCGAUAACUAUCGAGCCGGACGGGUUCAUAGCUCCGGGGUCGGUCGGGAGGGCGUCGGCGUUCCAGUCGAGUCCAGUCCCGUUCCUCAAGACGUUCUUACUCGCUCUGCGGCACGGCGCAACGGGCAACGAGAAGUCGCACUGGGGAACAGCGCUGGAGGGCGAGACACUAUCGGGACAGUGCUGGAGGGCUAAGGCACUACGAGAGACCAAGUGACUAGGUUAAUAUAGGUGUCAGAAGAGGUUACGGAGGAAUAGGCAAGUUGUUGGCUAGAGGGAGGCUUCUUCUUCCUUUUUUUUUUUUUUUGCACAUCUGACACAUCGUCUGUGAGAAUGGGAGGGAACGAAUAUGCCCGCUGGUAUUAGGUAGGUAGAUUUAGCAAUGAACGGACAAACCGAAUCCUUAAUCAGGCUGUCGAAGCGCCGGUCUUGAGAGGUCAAGCUCUGCAUCGGCUCGUUGGCGCUGGUCGAGAUAUCUAGGUACCUAGGUACCUACCUAAUAUGAGUACGGCGGAAGGUCUCCCAGGUAACAACA